CCUUCGAACUUCACAGAUUGAUCGCUUUUCAAUCUUCUCCAACUUUGCUACUACUUUGAUUAUAGCUUCUUUUCUUUUGCUUUCCAUUAUAUAACCUACCUGGCCGUAUAUAUACCUAUAUAUAUUUCCCUUACAUACCCACCUACCAACCCACAUAUGCAAAAUCAGGCGAAGUUGCAUAUUCAUAUCGAAACUUGACUUAAAACAGGGACCACAACACCCCCCGUGCUACCUACCAAGUCACUUACGCACAUCAUCGGCCAGUCCGCUACUAAGAGCGUCGUAUCGAGGUCACACGCAACAACUGUGUGAGCGCGUGUGUUUGUGGACACGACAGAAAACGAAAAGAAAAAAGACUCCCUACCUACACAAUCAACUACGUCUGCUUAGCUUGUCUGCGACUCUCUUAAGCUCCAAGCCACAUACGAAAGCAGCCCCGCGCAUCCCCCCAGCUAUCGAAUUAGUACCUUGGGGUUUCCGCCGACGCUCCUCUUCUGUCAUCACAGUCCGAAAUCUACAGCCACAUUAUUUAUUGACCUGCAAAAAGCACAGCUCACAUUAUUUUAUCUUCAUUUUUACAUAUAUUUAUAUAAUUUUGCCCACGAAACUACUCACUACCGGCGUCCUUCGACCUACAUCGGACAUUUUUGACGUAUAACGCCUUUACUAUGCCGUAUAAACUGUCGGACGACGAUCUGGCCUACGGCGAGUCGUACGGUGGAAGGUGGGACAGAAAUCGUUUCACGGUCGAGAGCGACCGCACUCGCCCAGGCCCAGAGAGGGAACGUUUCGAGGAACACGAUCGAUUUGUUAGUCGUGGCCCGAGUGGACGGGUUCGUGAGGCCUCGGUAGAUGAAAGAUUUGAACGAAGAGCACCCCGACCGUGGGAUGAUGAUUUUCCUCGCGAGAAGAAGUACUACGAUGAUGGGCCUCGCUUUCUUCGACGAUCACCGCCUCCCGAAUUAGAGAGACGGGUCGUUCUCGAACGAGAGCGCGAGCGUGAACGAGAACCUCGCCACUCAUCUCCCCCGCGACGCCCAGGACAAUUGCUUCGGCGUCAAUCGUCCCUUGAUACCUUUGACAGACGACCCGCCCCAAGGUUCUACGAAAAGGAAGAGCGCGGGCCCCCAGUACGUCGCAGCGAUUAUCACCCUGAACCGUACAAGCCCAUCCCCCUUCCGAGGUCCCGAGCGCUUCCCCCGCCGAGAUUGUAUACCGAGCGCGAGUACGACGAAAUCAAGAUUUCAGAACCAGAACACUACGGAGACGAAGAAUUCCACGCAUACCCCGAGAUCAUCAGGGAAAGGGAUAUGGUUAAGUCAAGAAGACGGCGCAACAGUAGUGAAUCAAGAGAUAAACUUCGCGUUGACAGCAGGGCCAGCAGGAGCAGCAGGAGCGUCUCACGCACUUCGUUUUCGUCAGAUGACACAAGCAGCAGCGGAGGCACUACCGUCAAGAGCGGUAAAAGUUCCAAGAGUGUCAAGAGUGUUAAAAGUGUCAAAAGUAUCAAGAGCGAUGGCCUUAAAAAGGGAAAGACGAGAAUCCCAAUUAGACUCGUCUCAAAGAGAGCGCUUAUUGAGCUCGGUUAUCCAUUUGUUGAGGAGGAAAAUGUCAUUGUUGUGCAAAACGCGCUUGGCCAACACCACAUUGACGAACUACUCAAAUUGAGCGAGGAAUUCAAAAAGGCCGAACAAGAGAUUGCUGCUGCUCGUUCAAGCGCUGGCGGGAUAAUGGAAGAAAGGAGAGAAGAGUUUUACACCAUUCCACCGCCACCCGUUGCGGUGCCUGCUCCCCUUGGGCCUCCUCCUGGGCCCCCUCCUCCCGUUAUGCAUACUGCAGCCCCUGUCGCACCAGCCCCUUCUCCCCCUGUCGCCUUCGACCUAUAUAGAGACUAUCAACGCGAGGGUUCCCCAGCGCGUAGCACUCGCAGCCGCCGGAGUCAUUCCAUCUCCACGUCUCGCACUCCAGUCAUCAUCGAGCCCCGAGAAUAUCACGAAUACAGCGAGGACAUUUCUGUUGGGCCCCUAGCAUUAGUUAGCGAUCGACGACGGGGCGAUAAGGAUAUCAAAUUAGAAAUAGCACGGCUCGAAGCCGAACGCGACCUAUUGAAAAGCGACCGACACCACCACCACCAUCACUCGCAUUCUCGUCACCGAUCUCAUAGCCGCAGCACUAACCGCGAGCUUGUCUCUGCUGAGCGCCUGCCAACGGGUGAGCUGGUGCUCUACGAGGAGCAGGUGGAAAGGAUUGAAGAGCCACGGCGCGGAGUACGCCUUGAGAAGGACAAGAAAGGUCCGCCGCCUGGUUUAGUGAGGGCUAUGCUUGCUACUCUCACGUAGUCGCUUGACCACGUUUUUCAGAGCUUUAGUACAUUUUUGAACUACUUGAGAUGAAUAUAUAAAGAAAAAAACGAAGAAGAUGAAGAUUUGGAUAAAGGCGUUGGUAUUGAUCCAAUUUUCACCGAGGGGCUUAGAAUCUAUUGGGGGAUUGUCCUAGGUUGGGCAUCCCCAUCAGUCACGAUUUUUCACGAUAUUUCAGUUAAUGGCGUUUCAGUACAUCUUUGGCAUCUGCUUUGUUCCAAAUAUAUUUUGGCAGAGACUGGCUUAUUUUGAAAUUAACACUAUUAACGUACAUGAUGGUAUGAUCUUAGUCUGAUUAUCUGAUAUAUCAUUGUCACCCCUCAGAUUAUGUGUAGCUGGUCGCUAUUAUUACAUAAUCGAUAUGGAGGGAAAUGCUAUAUACCAGGAAGGGUUUUGGAUGAUAUAAUGACUCAACUGUUUCUUAGACAACUAUUACCUUAUUCCGCAAUUAAUGAACAAUGACCUUUAUCAUAGUCCA